CGCGCGCGAUGCCACGGACUAUCCACAAACACCAACAGCUGCGUCGCAUCGCUAGCCAACACGUACGUACAGCGCGCACUUGCACCUAGAGCGCCAUGGCGAGUAGGGUUCAUCCACUCCUCGUCGCGUUCUUGGUGGUGCUCCUCGUCGGCACAUGCCAGGCAAGGCCGGCUCCGGGAAAGGCAGCGUCGUCGUCGUCAUCGGGAGUGGUGGACGGCAUCACGGCCAUCUACAACUUCGGGGACUCCAUCUCGGACACCGGCAACUACCUCCGAGAAGGAGCGGCCGCCGGCGCCAUGAUGGAGCACACCGUGGCGCCUCCCUACGGCGCGGCCAUCGGCGGCGCCACGGGGCGGUGCUCCGACGGGUACCUCAUGAUCGACUACCUCGCCAAGGACCUCGGGCUGCCGCUGCUCAACCCGUACCUCGACAAGGGCGCCGACUUCACCCACGGUGUCAACUUCGCCGUCACCGGCGCCACCGCCCUCGACGCGGCGGCCCUCGCGAGGAUCGGCGUCGCCGCGCCGCACACCAACAGCUCCCUGAGCGUCCAGCUCCAGUGGUUCAGGGACUUCAUGAGCGCCACCACCAAGUCGCCCGCCGAGGUGCGCGACAAGCUGGCGAGCUCGCUGGUGAUGGUGGGCGAGAUCGGCGGGAACGACUACAACUACGCCUUCGCCGCGAACCGGCCGCGGCCGGGAGGGCGCAGCGCCGCGGACGUCGGGCGCAUGGUGACCGGCGUGGUGGAGUCGGUGGUGCUCGUCCCGGAGGUGGUGCGGUCCGUGGUGGGCGCGGCGAGGGAGGUGCUCGAGAUGGGCGCGACGCGGGUGGUGAUCCCGGGCAACUUCCCGCUGGGUUGCGCGCCGAGCUACCUGGCGGCGGUGGACGAGACGGAGCGCGCGGCGUACGACGGGAACGGGUGCCUCGUGGGUCUCAACCUGUUCGCGCAGAUGCACAACGUGCUGCUGCAGCAGGGGAUCCGGGAGCUGAGGCGGUCGUACCCGGAGGCCACGGUCGCGUACGCCGACUACUUCGGCGCGUACGUGCGGAUGCUGGAGCGCGCGCGCGAGAUGGGGUUCGACGGCACGGCGCUGACCAACGCGUGCUGCGGCGCGGGCGGCGGCAAGUACAACUUCGAGAUGGAGCGGAUGUGCGGCGCGGGCGGGACGGCGGUGUGCGCGAGGCCCGAGGAGCGGAUCAGCUGGGAUGGCGUCCACCUGACGCAGCGCGCGUACAGCGUCAUGGCCGAGCUUCUGUACCACAAGGGCUUCGCGUCCCCUGCACCCGUCAAGUUCCCGCAUCAGUAGAGGCCAAUGUAGUACCGAAGAAUGAACAUUUCUUUGAGUUGGAAGUAUUUUUUUUCUGAGUUUAGUAGUAUUACGAUGGAUUGUACACAAUGUAUGAGAAUUGGGGUUAUAUUAAUCGCAUGGAUUGUUAUUGUCUUAUGCAAUGUAACAUGAUAGUUUAUUGCCACAAUGUACUACUGAAGAAUGAACACUUCAGCUGUUA